AUGGCAAAAACAAAAUUUAGCAGAUUUCUGGGAUUCCAAUGCCCGGUUGGACAUUAUUGCCCAACUGGAUCAGGGUAUCCAAGGCCUUGUGAACCUGGAACAUUUUCAAAAGAAGUGAAGCAAGCAAGUUGUGAUGACUGUACUCCUGGAUAUCAAUGCAUUGGUGUUGCAAACCUCACCGCCUGCCCAGAAGGAUUCUACUGUCCUGCAGGAACAGGAUACGAUCUACAACCUUGCCCCCCUGGAACUUUUAAGAACACAACUCUCGGAAGUGAUAUCUCAGCUUGUGUUGAUUGUCCUGGAGGAUUUUAUUGUGAUGGCGAAGCAACAACUAAUCCCGUCAAAUUAUGCAAAGAAGGAUAUUAUUGCAGAAAUGGAGUGAAUACAAGCGAACCAGGAACAAGCCCUCAUACAGGAGAUGGAGGUCGAUGUCCAGCAGGCAGUUAUUGUCCUGUAGGAACUGGAUCCACUAGGAUGUGAACCCGGAACUUACUCUGGAAAGGAAGGAAAUAAAGCCCCUGGUGAUUGCACUCAAUGUGAUGGAGGAAAAUAUUGUCCAACUUACGGAUUGACCGAAGCUAAUUUAACAUGUGCUCCCGGAUUCUUUUGUAAAGAGGGAGCCCGUGUUCCAAACCCG